AAAUUCAAGCCAUCAUUUGGAAUGUUGAUAUAAUGCAAUUUGACAAGUAUUUCAAACCAUUCCAAACAUACCUGGUGUCAGUUGCACAAGUAAAAGAACCGAAUCCUGCAUAUGUUAAUCCAUUCAACAAAUACAUUUGGACAAUUGACAGAAAUACUAUUGUUGAACCAAUUGAAAAAGUCAUUCCUCCAGAUAAUCCACUACCACCGCCAACACGAUUGGCUAUCACCCCUUUUAAGGCUAUUGAGCAUCAAAUGAAAGAUUUUGAAUUUGAUGUCCUUGGACUACUUAUUAAUGCUGGACUUGCAAGUAACGCAUCAAAUGGGAAGAAAUUUCAGGAAUUCAUCAUUAUGGAUACUCAAAAAAGGCCUAAAAAGCUAACACUUUGGGAGGACUCUGUCGAACAUUAUGGAAAUGAACUUUCAGAGAAAGUGAAACACUAUCCCGUCUUUCUGGCUAGAAGAGUGGUAAAAUCAUCAUCAGGUAAAAUACAUGAAGAAUUAUGGUUUUUUUUUUCCCUAAACACUUAACAAUUAACCAAAAAUAAAUAUCCAUAUCCAUGCAGAGAUAUGGAGCAGA